AUGAGUCCUCCACGCCGAGCCCUGAUCAGCAUCACCUCCGCUCACGCCACCCUCUUCCAGGGCAAGGAGACAACCGGUCUCUUCAUCUCCGAAGCUUUACAUCCCUACAACGUCCUCAAAGCCGCCGGCUUCGAAGUCGAUCUCGCCUCCGAGACAGGCACCUAUACUGCAGACUGGCUCUCGCAGCAGCCAGACUUUCUCAAUGGCGAGGAUUUGAAGACCUGGAAUGAUGUCAACAGCGACUUCCGCCAGAAGCUGGACAACAUGCCGAAGGCUUCUGAGCUAGACGGAUCCAAGUACGGUGUCUUCUUCGCUUCGGCAGGACAUGCUGCCUUGAUCGACUAUCCAACUGCCAGCUCCUUACAAAAGAUUGCGGGCCAAGUCUGGGCGAAUGGUGGCAUCGUGUCUUCCGUCUGUCAUGGGCCUGCAAUCUUCGCCAAUUUGAUCAACCCAAUAACCAACGAGCCUCUCAUUAAGGGCAAGAAGAUCACUGGCUUCACUACUGAGGCUGAAAAUACUAUGAAGAUUAUGGACGAUCUUCGUAGCUGGAACAGUGAAAUGGUCGAAGAGGUUGCCGCCCGACUUGGUGCGACUUAUGAGCGUGCCCCUGGUAUCUGGGACGACUUCCACGUUGUUGAUGGCCGCCUGAUAACUGGUCAAAACCCCGCUAGUGCUCGAUCAACUGCCGAAGCUGUUGUGACUACUUUUGAAAAGCUGUAG